AUGGGGUGUUGUACAUCAAUAAGAGUUACAGCAAAAGAUGACCAAAGGACUCCCUUAAUUACUGAAAACGAUAACAGACAAAAACCAUCAGAAGAUAAUGGAUGUAUUCCAGCAGAAAAUAGCCAAAAACCAACAGAAGGAAACUUAGAUAAUUCCGUAGAAAACAGUCAAAAAUCAACAGAAGAUGAUCUUACUACUCCGGCAGAAAAGAGACAAAAACCAUCAGAAGAUGACCUAAUUACUCCGGAAGAAAACAGACAAAAACCAACCGAAGAUGACCUAAUUACUCCAGCAGAAUACAGACAAAAACCAACAGAAGAUGACAUAAUUACUCCGGCAGAAAAGAGACUAAAACCAUCAGAAGAGGACCUAAUUACUCCGGAAGAAAACAAACAAAAACCAACUGAAGAUGACCUAAUUACUCCAGCAGAAAACAGAGAAAAAACAAAAGAAGAGAACCCAAGUACUCCGGCAGAAAACAGACAAAAACUUACAGAAGAUGACUUAAUUACUCCAGCAGAAAACGGCCAAAAACCGACAGAUGACUUCAAAACUCCAGCAGAUAACGAACAAAAACCGACUGAUGACUUUAUUACUUCGACAGAAAACGGCCAAAAACUGUCAGAAGAUAUCUUAAUUAAUUCUACAAAAAGGGAACAAAAAACGACAGAAGCUAAGUUUGUUUCUCCAGCAAAAAACAUUAGAGAUCCGUCAGAAGAAAACUCUACAGAAGACAACUUUAUAAUUUCAGCAGAAAAUGGACAGAAACCGACAGAAGAUAACUUAAUUACAUUGACGGAAAAUGGACAAAACCUGAAAGAAGAUCACUUAGUUACUCUGGAAGAAAAUGGACAAAAAUCAACAGAAGAUAAGGUAGUUAUCCUGGAAGAAAACGGACAAAAAACGACAGAAGAUAACAGAAAAACAGAUCGAACAGAGAAACACAAAAAAGAUAACUAUGAAUUAGUUGACGCGCAUGCAAUAAAUGCACCUAAACAUAUCAACACUUCCGUAAAUAGCUUGACUGAAUAUCUUCUCAAAGGAGCAAAGUCGGAAAAAGAGAAGGUUCGAGCUUUUUACGUAUGGAUAGCCAACAAUAUUAAAUAUGACACGGAUGCUUACUUUGGCGGGAAUUACGGGGAGACAGGCGCUGAUUCUGUCUUAAAACACGGGAAAUCAGUGUGUAGUGGUUACGCCAACUUGUUCGAAGCAUUUUGCAAAACUGCAGGGAUACAAGUGCAAGUUAUUCCUGGAUUUUCAAAAGGCUAUGGAUAUUCUCCUGAGAAACCCAUUACACCAAAUAGGAGAACUGAUCAUGCAUGGAAUGCAGUAUUUUUGGAAAAUAAGUGGCAAUUUGUCGAAUGCACAUGGGGUGCAGGACAUGUGAGCAAUGCAGGGGAAUUCCAGAGAGAAUUCAACAAUUUCUAUUUUCUAACAAAUCCCAGACAUUUCAUUGUAGACCACUUUCCAUUUGAAUACAACGAUGAGGAAUUUAACAUGAAAUGGCAGCUGCUUAAAAAUCCCAUCUCCCUCGAUGAGUUUAAUAGAAACAUUAAACUUUCUAACACUGCACUGGAGUGGGAUAUUCACCCAAAGUCACAUAAGCAUGGUGUCAUAGAAGUCAAAGGUUCUGUUGAAAUUACCAUAGCAGAUGUAAAAGGCCAUGUACUGGAUACAACAUUUAAAUUCUAUGAAUACCCGAGUGGCAAAAGAGUAGAGGAAUAUGGAUUUCUUCGAAAGGUAUCUGCACAUGAAAUAAAAAUCACGCUUAACCCACCAAAAACUGUAACAUAUAGGGUUGAAUUAUUUGGUACCAUAGACCCAACUCAGGAAAAGCUAGAUGAGUUGAUGACUUAUGUAAUCAAGUAUACACAAGCAUCAAAUGUCAGUCCCUAUCCACGACUUACAAAGCAAUGGGGACUGAGACAGAGAGCUUACGAAAACGGAUUUUUAAGGUCAGAUCAAUUUAAGGUACCAGCGUUACUGCAAAGCAGUAAUGGCCAAUCGGAACUUACUCUGAGAACAACUAGGAAUAUACUUUCUAUGGUUCAACUCUCACAUGCCAAUUACAAUUUGAGAAAGAAUUUUACUUUAAUCACAGGUGGGAAGAACUUUUUGAAGAUAAACCUUAAAUUUCCAUCCACAGGAUACUAUCGAUUGGAGCUUAUGUGUCAAAAAGAAAAAGACACCGACAACCUUUACCAUGAAAUGGGUAAUUUCUUAGUUGAGUGUCAGAGGCCUGCCGACCCUUGCAUUCCUUUUCCCGUCUCACAUCCACAAGCCCAAGAGUACCUCUGCAUAUUAAUUGAACCGCUAAGCGGACAGUUACCUGCUAACCAACAAGUCAGCUUCAAAUUUAAGUCUUCUUCUGUUAAGAAAGCUAUAGCAGGUGGAGAGAAUAUGAACAAAAAUUCGGACGAAUGGUCUGCUGUGCUCACGACCCCGGGAUCUGGAGGUAGUGUCGAUAUCAUGGGAACACAGAUUGACGAGAAUAGAUUCUGGGGGCUUUUUACCUUUGAAGUUCUGUAA